AUGUUAUCCGCAGAAAGGGAGCUGACGUCCAUUCUAGGACUUAGGGACCAAACCCCUGUUCCCUCGCAGAGGCGCUGUGUGGGGUUGCUCCCCUCCUUCCCUCCUCAGACACAUCCUGAUUGCGCCUCUCUGGGUCAUCCUAGUCCCAAGUCUUCCCUCAGCAUUGGCUUCACUGAUCAUUUUUCUCUUAGCAUCUGCUUAAGCCUUAGAUCUGGGGAGAAGAUGGAAAUCAUAAAGAACAAGAAGGAGGGUUUCUUGCUGCAGAAUGAAGAGGCAUCUGUCAAAUACUGCCAGGCUAAACUUGAUCAGCUUUCAAAGGCCCUAAUGGAAAGUGUUUCAGCAGGAACUUUCUCUGUUCAUGGAGGGCACAAACUCUACAGGAAAGCAAAGGAAAGGUUUGAAUGGGAUUAUUGCCAAGUACCCAGGAAAGGAGUGAAGGCAUAUGAGGUGCUCCAGAGCUUCUUGCAGUCUCAGGUGGCAACUGAGAAAUCCAUUCUGCAAGCAGAUGAAGCCCUGACCUAUAGGGAGAAGGCCAUAGCAGAGGAGCGAGCCAGGAAGGAGGCAGCUGAGAAGGAACAGGAAUUGCUAAGACAGAAACACUGGGAGCAGCAACGGCAGAUAGAGGCUCAAGAGAGAAGCCUCAGGGAAGACAUAGUCCAACUGAGAGAGAAGCUGGAGAGGGAAAGAGAAAACCUUCUGAGAGAGCAGGAAAGGAUGCUGGAGCACAGGCUGAAGGUUCAAAAUGAUCUGCUUACUGAAGGAUUUAGUAACGAAUCCGAGCAGAUGAAAGAAGAGAUGAAUCGUCUAAGAAAUAUAAUUGAGAAUAAUAAAAAGGAUAAGACUCCUUGA